UACUAGCUGCUAGAAAUCCAAUAAUCUCGUAUCUCGCAAAACAUCAUCGUCUCCGAGCAGCUUAGAGCUUUACUGUCGGGGCCACAGAGAGAUGUCGGAAAUUGAGUUCAACGGCGGCGAUGAUUUCACGGGAAUGACAAAAGAUCAAAUCUACGAUCUUAUGUCUCAGAUGAAGUCAUUGAUUGAUCAGAAUGAGCAGCAGGCCAGGCAAAUUCUCAUUCAAAACCCUAAAUUGACCCAAGUUCUCUUUCAGGCUCAGAUUAUGCUUGGAAUGGUGCGGCCUAACCAACCAAAUCAAAAUAUUCCACCACCACCAUCACAACAUCCGCAACAAGCAGCUCUGUCACCUCAGCAGACAAAUGUGCAUUCCGCUUUGCCAUUGCUAGGUCAGACAGAUUCGAAGGACCAUACAAAGGCAUCCCAGACCCCAAACUCUCUUCGGAAGCCAAAUCAAACCAUGAUGCCAGUGUCUUCCACAUCUAUUCCUGCUUCAAACAGUCAAUCCCAUCCCUUGCAGUCACAUCUUUCGCAGUCAGCACAGCAGCCUCUUAAUGCUCAAGUUACAACAAUGCCAAUUCAACAACCACCUCAAUUUCAGAACAUGUCUCAUCCAUCAUUUCAUUCAGUUUCUCCACAACCCGCUUCACUUCCACAACCCCCAAUGUCUAGUGCAUCAACUCAGUUACAACAACCAUUACAGACAAGUGGCAUGCCCCAGAUGCAUCUUCAACCAGCUAUGCCAUCUCUAGCAAGGCCAGCAUCAAUGCCAGCUUUUGGUCAUCAGCCUAACAGUCAGAUGGGACCCAAUGCUUCCUUUCAGCACUCAAACACUGUUCAGAUGCAUCAUUCUCAACCCAUGUUUCAGUCAGGUCAGAACCAUCCAGCUAGUAUGGGACAUUCAAUGUUGCAGGGACAUCAGCCACCACGUCAGUCACAGUAUCAGGGAGGAAGUCCGCAAUUAGGGAUGGAAUUUAAUCAAACCGGAGGUCCCAUGCAAGCUGAAAGAGGAUCUCCUUGGAUUCCUGGUUUAAGAGAUAAUACCACUGGAGCUCAAAAUCUCCCAGGACCGCCGUCAUUUAUGGCUGGUCAAAUGGGUCCCACUAGUCAAGCUCCCCGGCCACCAGCUCUAAGUUCGGAUAUGGAAUCAGCCCUACUUCAGCAAGUCAUGAGCCUUACACCAGAACAAAUUAACCUCCUUCCACCAGAGCAGAGGAACCAGGUGCUUCAGCUGCAACAAAUGUUGCGUCAAUCACAGUAACUUCGUUCAGCAUCCAUCAUUGCCAAAGAACUGGGAAUUCCAUCUUGAAUGAUGAUCUGACUGCUUAAUCAUAGGCAUUUCUGGAAGCUAACAGGAUUUGACUGCUAUCAGAUGUUUUCAUUAUCUUCUGUACUCCUUUUCAUGAUAUGGUGACUAUAAAUUUUGUAUCGAAUUAUGCUUUUAGCAAUGUCUUGGUUAUGAUUUGUAACUAGUGCCAGAAAGGAUUUUAUCAUUUUAAGGUAGAUGGCUGGUGCUCAUGUUUUAUUGAAUGAAGUUUCAUAAAUAAUUUACUUUUUUGUCAA